AGAGCUCUAUAGAGAUGGGGUCCAACGGUUACUAUGAACCAUUGUUGGUCGGACAAGGCCGGCCUGAGUUGGCUAAUUUGUCUUCUGAAGAAGUAGAAGAGAUAUUGACGACACAUGAGCCUUUGCCUUACCGAUGGUGGCCUCGUCUUGUGGCUUGGGAAUCUAGACUCUUAUGGGUUCUCUCUUGGGCAUCCAUCGUUGUUUCUAUUUUCAAUUUCAUGCUCAGUUUGAUCACUCAGAUGUCUGCUGGACAUCUUGGUGCCUUGGAGUUAGCCGGUGCUUCUGUUACCAAUGUUGGAAUACAAGGUCUUGCUUAUGGGAUCAUGUUGGGUAUGGCUAGUGCUGUACAAACUGUGUGUGGCCAGGCUUAUGGAGCGAAGAAGUAUUCAUCCCUUGGUAUAAUUUGCCAGAAAGCCAUAAUAUUGCAUCUAGGAGCAGCUUUUCUCCUCUCAUUUAUCUAUUGGUACUCCGGCGCAAUCCUCCGAGGAAUCGGACAAUCGGCUAGCAUAGCAGAGCAAGGCCAAAUUUUCGCGCGAGGAUUGCUCCCUCAACUCUAUGCAUUUGCACUGAACUGUCCAAUGCAGAGGUUCCUACAAGCUCAAAACAUAGUAAACCCCUUGGCUUAUAUUGCUGUUGGGGUCUUCCUCUUCCAUAUAUUACUCACAUGGGUGGUUGUGUAUGUUUUGAACUAUGGGCUUUUAGGGGCAGCUCUUUCUUUGAGUUUCUCUUGGUGGCUCUUAGUCAUUAUGACUGGGCUUUUUAUACUUUUAAGCCCAUCUUGCAAGGAAACUUGGACAGGGUUCUCUACACAGGCCUUUAAGGGGAUUUGGUCUUAUUUGAAGCUAACACUUUCAUCAGCUGUUAUGCUAUGCUUGGAGAUAUGGUACAAUCAGGGUCUCGCGCUUAUAUCGGGCCUACUCCCAAAUCCAACAAUUGCACUUGAUUCCAUAUCUAUCUGCUUGAAUUACUGGACAUGGGAUAUGAUGUUUAUGUUGGGCCUCAGUGCAGCAGCCAGUAUUCGAGUCGGUAAUGAGCUCGGCGGCUCUCAUCCAAAGGUUGCGAAGUUCUCAGUGAUCGUUGUUAACGCUACAAGCAUCAUCAUCAGUGCAAUUUUCACUGCACUUGUUAUGAUAUGCCGUAACUUAUUAAGCAAGGCUUUUACCAGUGAUACCGCCGUUGUUAACGCGGUUUCGGAUUUGACUCCAUUACUUGCAAUCUCAAUAUUCCUUAAUGGAAUCCAACCUAUACUCUCAGGAGUGGCCAUUGGGAGUGGAUGGCAAGCUCUAGUAGCUUAUGUCAAUUUAAGCACUUACUACAUUAUUGGUCUCCCCGUUGGAUGUCUUCUUGGCUUCAAAACAAGUUUAGGAGUAGCUGGGAUUUGGUGGGGAAUGAUACUUGGAGUUUUUCUACAAACGGUAACCCUAAUUAUCUUAACUGCCAGAACGAACUGGACUAAGGAGGUUGAUAAAGCUGCGGAACGCUUAAAGAUGUCUGCGGAUGAAGAAAAACUUGAGUUGGUGGACAACAUUGCAUGACCAACCCUGAGAAAUUUAGCAUAUGUUUUUACAAGAAAUCAGCAAGAGAUACAAGUUUUGCCCUUUUUCGGAGUUGAGAGGAGAGGGGAUUUGGGUUAAUGAUCUUUGUAUCUCUUGUCACAUAUCGGAAUAUGUGAUUAAGGUGAGAUGAAUGAGAGUUUAGAUCAUUGC